AUUCCUCUGGUUCUCUACUGCCUCCUCCUAGCCAUGAUGACGACCCCAGGCAGACAAUCCCUCCUCGUCCUCCUCCUUCUGGCCACCACCACCGCUGCCACCUCCAAGCCAUCCUGCGUCGGCGCCUCUUGUGGGCACGGCGGGGCUGCUGGUGUGGGUGGAGCCGCGGGUGGACACAAGGCAGCAGCAUCCUCCUACAGUACUUAUGGUGCAGGGGACGCUCACCAGACAGGGAGAAGUGGAGCGCUUGCUGUGAACCAUUUGAGUGGAGGAGGAGGAAGUGGCUAUCAUGGUGGAAGUGGAUCAGCUGUCUUCGUCCAUGCUGGUGGAGUAGGUGGAGGAGUGGAUAGCGGCUAUGGUGGUGUUGGUGGUGUUGGUGGAUUCGCUCAUGGUGGAGUGGAUGGUGGAUACGGUGGAGCGGGUGUUGGUGUUGGUGUUGGUGGAGUGGGUGGAUUUGGCCAUGGUGGAGUGGUGGAUGGUGGAUACGGUGGAGUUGGUGGUGGAGUAGGUGGAUUUGGCCAUGGUGGAGUAGUUGAUAGUGGAUACGGUGGAGUUGGCGUCGGAGUGGAUGAUGUAUAUGGUGGAGCUGGAGUUGGAGUGGGUGGAUUUGGCCAUGGUGGAGUACUGGAUGGUGGAUACGGAGGAGUUGGAGGUGGAGUAGGUGGAUUUGGCCAUGGUGGAGUGGAUGGUGGAUACAGUGGUGGAGUGGGCGGUGGAUUUGUGGGUGGACAUGGCGUGUUUGGAGACGGCAGAUAUGAUGGUGGAUUUAGUGGAUUUGGAAAUGAUGUGUAUGGUGGAAGUGGCGCCAUUGGAGGUGGAUUCGUCGACGAUGGAUACAGCACUGGAGGAGUCGGAGGUGGAUUUGGCGGCCAUGGCAAUGCAGGCGGCUACAGUGGAGUAAGUGGAGGAACCGCAAGUGGAGUUUUGGUCAGCGACGGAAACCUCUUCAACGGCGGUGGAUACGGAGACGGUGGAAUUAUCUUGGACGGUGGAUCAGUGCACGGUGGAGGAAGUGGAUUCGGCGACGGUGGACUUCAUCACGGUGUAGGUGGUGGAGUGGCCCUGGGAGGUGGAUCACAUGGGUAUUCUGACGGUGGAUCACACGCUGGUGGAAGCUCCUCUCACGGUUACCCUUCCACUCCAUCCACUGGCUACCUUCCACCUGCCUUUUAAAUUACCUUGGAGUGGAUGACUCAGUAUUUUUAAGGAUUAAUUCUUUAUUGUAUAGGAAAAAACGAUAAAAACGACAAUAAAAAUAAUUUAAUGCAUACAAGAAAAA